GAAGGGAAAGACUUAUUAGUUGCAGAUACAUUGAAAUUAGCUAGAGAUAAAGUGGAGGCUGUGUUACGAUUAGACAAUGCAAUGACUUAUUCGUUCAGGAUAAAUAAUGAAGUGAAUAAUUAUGUUUUCCAGUUAAUAAAGGAACAAAUUGAGAAUAACAAGAUAUUUAUUUCUCACUCCUUAAGUGCCCCCAUAGAUAAUACACCAUUAUCUAAUUUCCCGGAUCAACGUAGUGUUCAGUCUUCUACAUCAUCUGUUCCAACUUUAACUAAUAGGAAUAUUCUUAACUUGAUUCAGGCUGAAUCCAGAAAUAAUUCUAAUCUUCCUUCACCAUUACCUCAGAGGCCUCCUGUAAUGUUUUCGGACACUUAUAUGAAUGCUGAUGUAAUCCCAAAUAGUUCUAUGAGCUCGAUACCAAAGUCGGAAUCAGAAUCUGAGAUAUUGAUUCCCCAACCUAAAAUGGGAAGAAUAUCAAGGGAAGGUGGACCUCAAGAAAUACCGGACGCUUUAAGUGCAACAUUUGGUGAACAAGAAAUAGCUGAUAUUGGUUCAAAUUUACGUCAUGAAUCUGACCCUAGCUCCUCUUCUAAUACCCCGAUAACAUCUUCAUUUAAUAACAGAUUGUUGGGAAAUGCUUCUUCGCAUUCGUUGGUUGUGCCAAAGUUGAAAACUAGUAUAAUGUUAACACCAAGAAGAGGAUCUCCACUAUUAAAUUCUUCGUCUUCUUCGACAUCCAAUACAACGGCAUUGAAUCAACCAACGAGGUCAAGCAGUGGAUCUAAAUUGAAUAUAGAGAGGGCUAGGUCGCCAUUUAACUCACCCUUCACAAUUGCUCGUGAUUUUUUGACUCCUGAACAAUCAUCUAAUGUCAGUAAUUUACCUAAGCAACCAUUAUCUCCUUUAUUGUUAGCAACUAAUACCGCGAAAAGUCCUAAUCCUAGUAUAAGAGAUUAUAACGUCAUAAAACCUAUAAGUAAAGGUGCAUAUGGAAGUGUCUACUUGGCUAGAAAGAAGUUGACGGGUGAUUACGUAGCAAUCAAAGUUUUAAAGAAGUCUGAUAUGAUAGCAAAAAAUCAGGUUACAAAUAUUAAAUCUGAGAGAGCAAUUAUGAUGGUUCAAAGUGAAAAGUCAUAUGUUGCUCGACUAUAUGAAUCAUUUCAGAAUAAAGACAAUUUGUUCUUAGUCAUGGAAUAUUUGCCUGGAGGUGACUUAGCGACUGUUAUUAAAAUGAUGGGAUAUUUGCCAGAUAAAUGGGCAAAGCAAUAUAUAAGUGAGGUGAUUAUUGGAGUAGAAGAUAUGCAUAAAAAUGGAAUUAUUCAUCAUGAUCUAAAACCAGAUAAUUUGCUAAUUGGGAGGGAUGGGCAUCUAAAAUUAACAGAUUUUGGUCUUUCAAGAGCUGGUUUAGUACAGCGUCAUCAGAACGUUCCUUCGAAAUCUAAACAAACUAGUUUGGUUGCCCCAUUAACACAAAGCAAUGCAGGGAGUUCAAUACUACAAGGUAAUAAUUCUGAUUCUGAGAAGGCGAGUGCUGGGACAUUAGCAGAACUGAAUAUCCGUGAACGUGAAAGGAGUGAUUCUGUAUCAAGUUCCUUAUCAAACAAUGAAUCGAUAAUAAGGAGAAAUAAUUCUAUUGGAUCAUUCACAUUACUUGACCUUACAAGAUCAGAAACUCCGACAACUUCGAUUAUUACACGACCAAGAGCAAGUUCGACAUUGUCAGAAUCUUUCGAUAUAAAUUCAGUUACAGAUUAUGCAUUAUUUCAUCCUGACGACUCAAAACAAAAGAAGAAGUUUUUCGGUACUCCCGACUAUUUAGCUCCAGAAACAAUUAAAGGUACAGGAGAAGAUAAUCAAUGUGAUUGGUGGUCUGUCGGUUGCAUUCUAUUUGAGUUGUAUUUUGGGUACCCUCCAUUUCACGCAAACACUCCGGAAGCUGUUUUUGAAAAUAUAUUAUCACAUAAUAUUGCAUGGCCUUCAUUCUCAUCACCUGAAGAGGAGAAGGAAUAUAUUUCGGUGGAAGCAAAAGAUUUGGUAACAAAGCUGUUAGUUUCUGAUCCAGCCUUAAGACUGGGAGCUAAUGGGGCAUCAGAGAUUAAAGAACAUCCAUAUUUCAAGGAUGUUGACUGGGAUCACGUUUAUGAUGAAAAAGCAUCAUUUGUACCAUCUGUUGGACAUCCUGAGGAUACGGACUACUUUGAGUUAAGAGGUGCAGUAUUAGAAGAUUUGGGCGAAGAUUCGGAUGACGGGAGAGAGGAUCCAUCGGGUGAUAUGUUUGUUUCGACAGCAACUCCGAAGAGUUUGUUGGCAGAUGAUUUAAUGAGGAAAGUUAUUAAUUCUCAGAUGAGCACACCAUACAAUUCUAGUGGAUCAAGAACACCAUUGAAUAAAUUAAGUAUAUCUUCAGUCCUUGAAUCAGAUUCACAAAAAAAUAGUGAUCAGGGCUCUCCAACUUUGAAACAAGUACCUUCAGCCAUUCCACCACAUAUGAGGGAAAGAAGAUAUAGUAAGUUGAACGAUCCCCAGGCUGAGUUUGGAUCGUUUAACUUUCGUAAUCUUUCUGCAUUGGAUAAGGCAAAUAAAGAUGCUAUAAGUCGUCUAAAAAAUGAACAUUUGUCGGAUCAUCCUGGUGUCCAUAGAAGGACUUCUUCUUCUUCUUUACCCAGUUCGUCCUCUGAAGGUUCAGUAUCAAAAUUGAGAACUGCAAAAGCUCCAAGCGUCAGUUCCCCGAACAAUAUGCAUAAACCUCGCUCCUCUAUCGUGUCAGAAACAGGAUCAAUACGCUCAAUUUCACCGGAUCGUAGUUUGAAUAUAACGUAUGACAUCGACUCUAGGAAAAACAGUGUAGACGAUACGGAUCCUAAUUUGAGUCCAUUGAUGGUUAAUAUCCCCCCACAAAAUGAUUCGUUUUCGAUAAAACAGAAAUCUCAUCUAUCGCCUAUGGGUACAAAUAGUCAAUUGAUGGGUUCGCCACAAUUAGGAAAAGCAAGAUGUCUUUCGAAAAGUUCCCAGAGAACUAAUUCUACUGAACUAAGUAGUGAAGAUUCACAAAGACUACAUGCCAUAUCCAAGGUCAAUUCUGUCAGGAACAGAAGAAGAAGUGCAAGAAAGAAUUCGACAGAAGCCGAUGAAAUGAAGUACCAUAUGGAUAUAUUAUUAUGUGAACCAAUUCCUAUCCAUCGAUAUUGUACAACAAGUGGAUUGGAGAGCUUAGGUUGUACUGUAGUUGCAGUAGGUGCUGGUGAUGAGUUAGUAAGGAGAGCCACUAGCGGAGUUAAAUUCGACCUUAUAAUUACAGCCCUUAGAAUUCCGAAACUUGGCGCUGUAGAUAUAGUCAAACUUUUGAAACAUACAAAUGGAAUAAACUCAACGACGCCAAUAGUGGCAGCAACCUGCUAUUUUGAAGAAGCUUCAAAUACAAAUGUAUUUAGUGAUGUCUUAGAGAAACCAAUCUCUAUUCAAACAUUAAGGAAAUUAAUUUCCAAAUAUGCGCUCAUAAAAUCCCAAAGACAAGAGGAAUCGAUACAAAGUGAUAAUGACACUUCUUGA